AUGGAGAGGUUUAUGAAAAUAUGUUUGCUGCUGGCAUUCCUAUGCCCGAGCGCAUUGGAAUGCAAGAAACAUGAUGCCGACACCAAGCCUACCAAACAACAAAUCCAAUACUCGGGUUUAAGUUGUCGAAAAAAGAUUGCCUUUUUGAACGAUUACGGUGCGAAAGGAGAUGGAAAGACAUCAAACACGGAUGCGUUUAAGGCGGCCGUUGCCGAUUUGAGCAAGUACGGAUCAAAAGGCGGAGGAGGAGCAAUGCUCGUGGUCCCGCCUGGAAAAUGGUUGACGGGGUCGUUCAAUCUCACAAGUUAUUUCACGCUCUACAUUCACCACGAUGCUGUUCUUCUUGCAUCUCAGGAUGAAAAAGAUUAUCCUCUAAUUGACCCAUUGCCCUCAUAUGGAAGAGGAAGGGAUGCUGCAGGACAAAGGUUUGCCAGUCUCAUAUUUGGAACAAACCUAACUGACGUCGUUAUUACAGGAGGGAAUGGAACAAUAGAUGGUCAAGGCCAGACAUGGUGGACAAAAUUCAGGCAUAAAAAGCUUAAGAACACAAGACCAUACUUGGUUGAGAUCAUGUACUCAACCAAGGUGGUAAUUACCAAUCUUACCCUCAUCGACGCUCCUACCUGGAACGUUCAUCCCGUCUACAGCAGCAAUAUCAUAAUUGAAAGUCUUACGAUCUCUGCCCCCUAUACUUCACCAAACACUGAUGGGAUCAACCCAGAUUCAUGCUCGAACAUUCGCAUUCGUGACUCGUACAUCAUGUCGGGCGACGACUGCAUCGCAGUCAAAAGCGGGUGGGACGAGUACGGCAUCAAGUUCGGUAUGCCCACCCAACACCUAAGCAUCAAACGGCUCACGUGCAUCUCUCCCUACUCGGCCGUAAUAGCCCUCGGAAGCGAAAUGUCGGGCGGCAUCCGGGACGUCCGUGCCGAGCAAAUCUACGCCUUCAGCUCCGAAUCAGGCGUGAGGAUCAAGACGGCGCCCGGGCGUGGGGCCUACGUGAAGGAUAUUUACGUCCGGGGCAUGGAAAUGCACACAAUGAAGUACGUCGUUAGGAUGGCGGGCAACUACAAUCAGCACCCGGACAGUAACUACGACCCGAACGCGCUUCCCUUGAUAAAUAAUAUUAACAUCAGGGAUGUUUAUGCAGACGGUGUGAAGACCGUGGGGAAUCUUUUGGGGAUCGCCAGUGACACGUUUACCAAGCUUUGCUUUUCGAACGUGACGGCUGAGCUGGCGAAGAAAAAUAACUCGUCGGUUUAUGAUUGGCCGGAGUACGGGGUGGACAUGGACAUGGACAUGGACAUGGACAAGGAUAAUAAAGAUAAGGAGAAAAAGAAGAAGAAAGCGAAGGGGUGGAAAUGUGCUGAUAUUGAAGGCGUGUCGAAGGAUGUGACUCCGGAGCCAUGUGAUUUGCUGCCUGGUACGAAAAACAGCUGCGAUUUUCCGACUGAUACGUUGGCUAUUGAUACUGUUCAGUUGAAAACUUGUUCUGCUAACUACUGA